AUUGCCCUAUUCUUCCUUUGGUGGAGGAAAAGGUUUACUUUAAGAAGGAAAACAAAAUUAUAUGCAAACAUUUAGAAAGCUGAGUCAAUUUUGUACUAGUUUAACUCAGACCUUUAGUUAUUGGAAAUAGAGUUUGUGUAGUUAAAAGAAUUAUCAGAAAUACUUACUUUAUAGUAACCAAAAACUCUAAAGAGAGAGGCCAUGGAUGUAGAGAUUCAGAACACACCUGGAAAGAUAAGUAUCUCUAAAAGGUCCAUCCUGUCAGGAACUGUUGAGAAUAUAGAUUACCCACACUACUGUGAUCUCUUAAGAAAAAUGAACAUGCCUUUUGUGAAAGGUCUUGAGAACAGACAUAACUAUGGCAGAUUUGAAAAUAAAUGCAACCCUGCUUUUCUUAAAUUUCACCCUUAUCCCCCUUCAGUCUUGCCAGACUAUCAUUUACAUUAUCCUUAUCCUCCACCGUAUGGGCCACAUUAUCCGUUAUUUCCACUUCGGGAUGAUGUGAUCUUAGGUGAUCCCUGUUCAGGGUUUAUGAGUCCUGGUGGUGAUGCUGAUUUAAAUCCUGGCAUUGGCAGAACCAUACCAACCCUAGUGGAUUUUAGUGAUGUGAAGCCUCAACAUCGAGUUCCCAGACCAGAUACAGGAUUUCAAACAACAAUAAAAAGGCAAAAAAUUCUAUCAGAAGAACUGCAACAGAACAGGAGAUGGAAUUCCAGAGAAGUACCAGACAUUUCUAUCAGAGCAAGACUGGGAGGUUGGACAAGCCCACUGAAAGUUACCCCUUUACAACCUCAUCAUGAAGGACGCUCAUUAAGACACAUGUUUACAUUUGAUGACGAGGCAACAUGUACAGUUGAAGGUGAACCACUUGUUCAACCAAACCAGAAAUGUAAUGCAAAGGACUCAUUUUACAAGUCCUCUACACAAAAAGCUUAUGAAGGUGUUCCUUGGGAUAAGAUGCUACCACGAAAACUUGAUCCAGAAGAAACAACUUUGGAAAAAGCUGCUGACCCCAUCUCACAAUGUUUUACUCUGAAAAGAUACGAAAGGGUGCCAGCAAUAACUCAGAUGGUUGGUGACCUCUGGGACAGAUUUCAAACAAGAUCUUCCUUGGCACCAGUCAAACCAAUUAAUUUUGUGAGUUCAAGUUCUCAAAGUAAAUAUAUUCCUCUCUAUACUGGUCAUGUGCAGUCUACAAAUGCUGAUGAUGUUGACAACCCCUUGGGAGACCUCUCAUCCCUAGCCAGGCCACGGUGCUCUAAGCCUCUGUAUACAAACACAAGUCGUGCUGCAAAUAUGCCAGGAUAUACCGGCAAGGUUCAUUUCACAGCCACCCACCCAGCAAAUUCUAAUAUUCCAUCAACAACCCCAUCACCAGAUUCAGAACUGUACCGCGUCUUACGAAGAGAAAUGGCAGUUGACCUCUUCCGUCACCAGGCUCCACUGUCACGACUGGUCACGACUGUGAGACCCUACAACCCCUUCAACAAGAAGGAAAAAGAAACCCUGGACUUCUAGAGGCGGAGGCCCUGCGCUGGCUGUCCCGGCGCUCUGCCCAGAGAACGCCCGUGCGGCGGUGGGAAAUAAAGGCGGCUUCUGCCCGGCGCAGUGCGGUGUGGUGGGGUCGGUGCUCUCCGCCGGCCUGCGCGUCCCUGCCCGGCCCCGCCUCUCUCCUCCCGCAGGCGGCGCUCAGCUGGGCCCGGGGCACCCGCCCCUCAGACCCCAAAGCCGGCAGCAGGGGAGCAGGGGUUGUGUGGCUGAAGAUUCCUCUUUAGGGUUGGAAUAUUGGGUCCACCUAGAGGUCUCACAUCCGGACCACUUCAGAGCAGGGAUUCUACAGCAGAGCAGACCACAGCAGGUCUCAAAGGGGAUCGAGUCAAAAACCCACAUGCUGUCCGUGGGAACUCUGCGCUACUGAGGAACUGCGUUCUUUCCUCCCAGAGGACGUCACACAGGGGCACAACAUCUACACACUCUCUCUCUCCUCUCUCUCUCUCACUAUCUGUCUGAGACGGAGUCUCGCUCUGUCUCCAGGCUGGAGUGCAAUGGUGCGAUCUCGUCUCACUGCAGCCUCAGCCUCCCGGGUUCAAGAAAUUCUCCUGCCUCAGCCUCCCUAGGAGCUGGGACUGCAGGCGUGUGCCACGACGCCCAGCUAAUUUUUGUACUUUUAGUAGAGACGGCGUUUCACCGAGUUGGCCAGGAUGGUCUCAAUCUCUUGACUUGGUGAUCCGUCCACCUCAGCCUCCCGAAGUGCUGGGAUUACAGGCGUGAGUUACCGCCCGCGGGCGACAUCUACCCCCUCUUGGCCUGCUCCAGUGUUUCCCUGAGAGAGAAGCGUUCCCCAGCCUUCGUGAGGGUCCUGAGGUCUGAGUCAUGACCACUCUGGGUUAGAGGGUGGCCUGACACGGUCUUGACCAAAGAGAGCACCCGCUUGGGGAAUCUCAGGGUUGCCUGUGGGCUGAGGGGGAGCCCUCUGGCCUUCGGAAUACACAAAUUAAGUGUAUUUUUACAGGGUUUGCACACAUAUAAACAUACACAGAGCCUGUUGGAGUUUACAAAGUGCUUUUGCAAACCUUAGCUCGUCUGACCCUGCAACCUUGUAAUAAAUUCUUGUAGCGGGCAUUUUACAAAUAUCUUGCAUUUGAUGAAUAAAAUAGACUAAGGCCAGGAGAAGUGAAGUAUUUAAGAUCAUGCAACUUGAGUUAUUACUGGAAUUCAGGUUUUCCGUAUUUAGUUAUUAUACCUCUCUUACCCCUCCACUUUUUCCCAGCAGAUUGGAUAAACUUCAGUGAAUUAUAAAAACAAAACAAAUAGAAACAGGAAAAAAAAUAACCCUCCCUGUGUUUCUAAACUUUUCUGAAGUGUCUCAGGGUUUUUAUCUAACUUCUUCUAAGAAAUUCAGAUCAAGAUAGUUAUCCUGCAGAACUCCAAGUAAAAAUGUGUAAAUGCUUUCGGGGGUAGUUUGUUCUUGAUUUUCCCACAGAAAGGGAGAAGCCGGCCACCUUUGUGAUGGAAUCAUGUAUUGCCUCAAUGGGCAACAACACAGACUCGGAUGGUGAGUGCUCUACCAGGACAAAAGAGGAAGAGCAACAACCAUCCAUCCUGAGGGUGGACAUGCCUUCAAGCAAAGGAACGGCUCCCCAUGAACCCAAUCUUGUAGUUUAGUUAUUUUUUAGAAAGAGUAAAUUGGAAAAAAAAAUAGAUCCAAAUAAAAAUCUUCAACUCUGGAACAUUCUCAGAAAAACACAAGUGAGGCAGUAUUAGCCUCAUUCAAGAAGCAGAUUAACGUAGGUACCUGAGAUUACAUUUUUCAGUAAACAUUCCUGGCAGGCUACUUUGUCAGAGGUGCGUGCUGCUCAAAAUCUGAGGCACCUCUUCAUCAUUCUGGGCCUGGACAGGGCUCCAUUAGUACUGGAUCUUCACAUUUUGCAGGCUAACAUAAUUUUUCCAUUCUCUAUGCUGCAGAUACCUAGACACCUGUCAGAGAACUUGAACGCUCCAAUGCUGCUUCUAGAAGGAUGUUGACUUUGUAGCAUCCUUAAGCUUCAUGCAGAAAAAGAGAGAUGGUGACUUUCCAUUUGCACUCUAACUUGUUCAGAUUUCUCACUUGUGAAAUUAAAAUGCAAAUUCUGCUCACCAGAGACCUGAAAUCCAAGGUCAGCCACGACAACGAAGAACAUAGAGUGACCAGUGUUCCUAACCCUGACCUGUGGGUGUAAGUCAUAGUAUUGGGGCUUCUGUGGUCAGCAUUACAACUAAAAGUCACAAAAUCCAUGGACGAUAGACUCAGGGAUAUGCAUCUGCUCUUCAGAUUCUGAAUUCUGGUCUUGCGUUGUUUCUUGCACCAGGAGCCAGCACAGCUCUGCCUCAUCAGACUGACAACUUGCCCCUCACUCCCCACCCUCCAGGCACAUUCUUCCCUAUAAAGUCACCCUCUCAGCUUUUAGUUAUUCCCAGAGAUGACACAAAUACAGAGAACUGUGGCAUUUUUAUAGCAUUUAGGUGAAAGCUGUUAUACAUUACACAGUUCACCUGAGAGAGAAAAAGGCAUGCUAAACCAGGCAGUGGCUCAUACCUGCAAUCCCAGCACUUUGGGAGGCCAAAGUGGGAGGAUUGCUUCAGCCCAGAAGUUCAAGAUCAGACUGGGCAACACAGUAAGACCUCGUCUCUACAAAAAAAUCAAAAAAUGAAGUAGGAGGAUCACUUGAGCCCUGGAGAUUGAAGCAACAAUGAGCCAUGAUUGUGCCAUUGCACUCCUGCUUGGGUGACAGAGUGAGACCCUGCCUCAAAAAAAAAGAAAAGGAAGAAGAAAAUGCAUGCUAAUAGUGUUAUUCUAGCCAAUAAGGAUGUUAGAAUGCAACAUGCAAAAAUAUUACAAAAGUACAACAAUCUGAAAAAAUAUGACACUCAACGCAGAGUAGAAUGGAGAUGAGAAUUGAACAGAGGAAAGCAUUUUAAACCCGUGAGUACAGGGUAGGUUUUUUUCAAUAGAUGGUAUUGGGACUACUAUUUGAAACAAAAAAGAAAUAUAGAUUCACUAAACGAAUUGUUCCUAGAAUCCAGACUUAAAUAGGUAAGUUAUAGAUUACCUGGAAACUCAGGGGAAUUGGUUUAUAAGGUGGAAGGUGUGAAAAUUUUUUCCAAAAAGGACACUGAAGAAGGUAAAAAGCUACUUUCAGCAUAAAAAAUACAAUCAAAAUUUUAAGAUAAACCUGUCAGGAAAAUACGUCAAAGGAUCCACAUUCUCAUUGUAAAAACAGCCUAUUAUUUAAAAAGUGAUUAAGCUAAUCGGAACCAGUUAAAGGAUAUUAACAACAAAUAAGAAAUAUGAAUGGCCAAUAAAAUUUUUACACCUCAGCCAUAUUAGAGAAAUAAUGGUAGUAUUUCACUUUUCACCCACAAAUCGGUGCUGAUGAGCAGAAACAGACGUCUGUUUACCACUAGUAGGAGUUUACCUGGGUAAUGCCUUCCUAGGGGAUACCUGGCAAAACGUUUUAGGAGCUUUCACAAGUGGCAUAUAUUUCAACUUGGUCAUUUCCCUUUUAGGAUUUUAUCAAAGCAAAUAAUUACAUAGUGAGCAAAUAUAUUUGCAUAAAGAAUUAAAGGUGCAGCAUGAUUUAACUGAGAGAAAAUGAGAACAACCCACUGUCCUGUAGGGUAAACACACCUGAUAGCAAUAACUGAAGCGUAUCGUUAGAAUGACCCUUAUGGCAGAUGCCUCUGUCCCAUCUCGUGGAACCAGUUAAAGGAUAUUAUGGCUGAACAAGAGGUCGAGGCCCUGAGUUUUGGGUUAAUGAAGAUUGACAGGUGGAGUUCAUUAUGAGGAGGCUGUUAAGGGAAAAUGCUAUACAAACUGCAUGCCGUUUGCAAGCAGUUGCAGUUUUCCUGCCCAACCUGCUGCCACUGGGUUAUGCUGUCCAGGCUACCACCACCAUUUCUGUAACUAAGGCAGUCCUAUUAUCCAGCCUACCGCCACUGGACUCUCUCCCCUGUAUGUUUGCCCCUAAUAAA